CUGAGAGGCGCGCGAGCCGACAUGGAGCGAGCGCGAGCGCUUCUCUCGCUCUUGGCGGCGAACGCGCUUUGCCUUUGUGCCGCGGCGGGAUUCGAACUCACGCUGCUGCACACCAACGACGUGCACGCGCGUGUCGAGGAGACCAGCGUGGACUCGGGCAAAUGCACCCGGCCGGGGACGUGCUUCGCCGGGGUGGCGCGGAGGUUCUCCAAGAUCGAGGAGAUCCGCCGCCGGGAGCCCAACGUGCUGCUGCUGGACGCGGGGGACCAGUUCCAGGGCACCGUGUGGUUCAACGUGUUCAAGGGCUCGGAGGCUGCAUACUUCAUGAAGAGACUCGGCUACGACGGCAUGGCACUGGGAAAUCAUGAGUUUGAUAAUGGAGUGGAUGGACUGAUCGAGCCUUUCCUGCGGAACGUUACCUUUCCGGUCCUCAGUGCCAAUAUCAAGCCAGAUGAGACUCUGGCAGUAAAGCUAAUGAGCCUGUACCGUCCCUAUGUGAUACUCAGUGUAAGCUCGGAGAAGGUGGGUAUAGUAGGGUACACGUCAAAGGAAACGCCAGCUCUGUCAAUGCCAGGCCCACACCUAGUUUUCCAGGAUGAGAUCGAAACCCUGCAGAUUCAGGUGGACAAACUUGUCACCUUGGGUGUUAACAAGAUCAUUGCACUGGGCCACUCUGGUUUUGCCAAGGACAAAGAAAUUGCUAAGAAAGUGAGAGGGGUGGAUGUGGUGAUAGGAGGACACACCAACACUUUCCUCUACACAGGAACAGCCCCUUCCAAAGAAGUCCCUGCUGGGCCAUACCCAUUCAUGGUGAAAUCAGAUGAUGGACGUAACGUUCCUGUUGUUCAGGCCUAUGCGUUUGGCAAGUACCUGGGAUACCUGAAGGUGACAUUUGACAACAAUGGCAAUGUUGUGGAGUCAAAAGGAAAUCCCAUUCUCCUGAACAGCAGCAUCCCAGAGGAUCUCGACAUCCGUGCUGAAGUGGAAGAGUGGAAGAAGAAGCUUUCCAACUACUCUUCUCAGGUUAUUGGUCAAACUCUGGUCUACUUGAAUGGAACCUUUGAAGAAUGUAGAUUCCGGGAAUGCAACCUCGGAAACCUAAUCUGCGAUGCCAUGGUCCAUCACAACAUCAAGUACGCAGAUGAGGUCCAGUGGAACCAUGUUGGCUCCUGCAUCCUGAACGGAGGUGCUAUCCGGGCUCCCAUCGACGAGCGUAGUCGAAAUGGUUCCAUCACCAUGGAAGACCUCAUUUCUGUCUUGCCUUUUGGGGGCACUUUCGAUCUGGUUCAGUUGCAGGGGUCGACACUGAAAAGUACCUUUGAACAUUCUGUUAAGAGAUAUGGAGGGGGCACAGGAGAAUUUCUGCAAGUCUCAGGAAUCAAGGUUGAGUUUGACUUGUCAAGGUCUCCAGGCGACCGGGUGAAGGAGAUAAAAAUCCUGUGCACCAAGUGCAGGGUGCCUCAAUAUGAGCCUCUGGACCCUCAGAAGCUUUAUAAACUGGUCAUACCAUCAUACCUGGUGGACGGAGGAGAUGGUUUCUCAAUGAUCAAAGAGGAAAAGCUGAAACACAGCAGUGGGGACCUUGAUAUCAGCGUCAUCGCUGACUACAUUACCGAAAAGAAGAAGGUGCAUCCAGCAGUGGAAGGUCGAAUCAAGUUCUCAAACUGGGCCUCGGAGAUUGCUGCUUCAAAGGCUCUUCUGCUCCUGGGACUGAGCUGGGUUCUCUUCUGCAGCCUGUGAACAUCUUCCACCGUGGUCCUAACCGCUGCUCCAGCACUAUUCCAAUCAUGGGCCACAGCAACAAGAUGGUGUGAUGAUCAUUCAGCCUGCUUUGUUUAGACAGUAGAACCUAGAAGAAGAUCAUUUCUAGUACUAAUGAGAAAACUAUCAUAUAGGGAGGGGUUGUGGCCUUCAGAUUCUGCAAUCUUGUCAGUCUGGACCAUUAAAUGUAUCGGGGGGGGGGGCAGAUUGGGUUCUGUUCAAAUUCAAGUGGAGCCCUAAACACAUUUAUCUAGUUCUUAUUUUGUAAAGUUAGAGGAGUGAAGUCUCCACUGCUUAGAGAUAGAAAGUGGUACCAGCACUGCACUGGUUAAACAAUCUGUGUUUUGUAGCAGACUGAGGCCGUUUGUCAGAAAAGGGGAAGGAACCUUUUCCCGCUAUAGAGGAGUUCACUUUUACUGUGUGAAUAUCCAGAAUGUCACAGUACACUAUUUUUAUAGCCCACCAUACAUGCCACUGAAUCAGUUAACAUUUCAGAAAUGCAUAACAAAAGUCUUGAUUUCUACUGUUGUACUGUACUCAUGAAUAAUUUCAUGAUUUUAAAAAUUAUGAAAGAAUACAGAAAUAACAGCUGUGGCAGGUUGGUGCAUGUGGUUGCAGCUGCUUCCAUGUACUCAGGUUUGAAUCCCACCUCCUGCUGUUGCAUAAACACUGCUGCUUAAAAGGGGAAAUAAUUGUAACUUAGCAUUUUAGGUUGCUUUCAAAAAAUGCGUCUGCUAAAUAAAUGUAAUGUCAGUCUCAGGAUUAGCGAGAUAAUACACACACACACACA